GAUGACGGUUGUGGCUACUGCUGCAGCAUGAGGGAUCAUAUCGUUAUCGGGGGGAGCCAUCGUCCGGGUGCGUUUUCAAUCUUCGAACACAACGAGGCAAACAGACAAAAGAGUAUUCCAAAAGAUUACCCAAAAAACAAAAAAAAAAAAAAAAAAAGAAAGAAAAGCAACGAAAACAGAAAAAAUACCGCGAAACCAACCAAAGCCGAUGGAGAAAAGAGGAAAGGAAGCGCUGCAGAUUCCCUCUCCUGUCCGAUGUGAUUCUUUUGGGACCAGAGCGAUUCCGGAAUGCUGGGGAUAUGGGUGUUAUGCUGGGGACCUGAAAUUGAUCGGACCACAGUGUGCUCCCUGUUACGAGCGUCAUGAUCGCGAACUGAAAUGGAGUCGAGCGUGUUCUCUUUCUUGCCUCUUUUUUUUUUUUCUUUUCCCUUAUUGUGCCGUCCCAUUCACCUCUCCGUUUCCUUUUUUUUCUUUGACCUUUUUUCUACCAUCACACCUACUAUUGCUGCUACUGCUAACGAAUCUGCCUUUCUGUGAUCCUGUAUCUUAGCCAUCUUUAGCUUCUGAGUAGCCGCAAGGCUGGCCUUGUAAUGUCGAUUCGAAGAGCGCACCCGCAGCGGAAUGAUGAUUGAGUUACGACUGA